AUGUAAACAGAAUUGCAGUAUGAUAUUCCACUUUACAUUAUUCUAGAUUAUUUCUAAUACCAUUGAAUUCGAAUUUAUACACAAACUUAUUAGAUUAAAUAUAAUAUGAUGAACUUAACUUUGCUACCUCAUGAAGUUUUGGAAGAAAUAAUCUCUCUUCUCGCACCACGUGACAUUAUUUCUUUGACUUCUACAUGUAAGUUCUUCCAUCAAAUGAAGCUGAGUGAUAAAGUCUGGGUACUGUCAUGUUUCCAAAAAUUUCAAAUAAAAUUGCAUACUAAGAGGGGCUUUGCAAAAAAAUUCUACAGCAAAGUACUUUGCCAAUAUGGCAGGUUUUUGGGUUUGUGGAACAGACAUGCGGAUUGCUAUGGAGGACUCUUACAUAUCAAGUAUGCAGAGGGAAAACUGUGUGCCUUUGAACUUCAGCUUCCUAAAAAUCCCUACAUAUCUAACCCUUUGAGACCUAAGACAGUUUUCUCAAUAGAGUUAGAUGAAUUUGAUAAAAUUAGCAUUAAAUGUUGUAUCAAUCCUCUUCAAAAACAUCCAUGCACCUUAAGUUAUGGGAAGAAGGCUUUAACUCCGCGUAGUCCGGCGUCAUACUAUCUAACAAGACAAUGUGAAAGUGGUGUUGAAAAUUCUAACCACCAUGCUAGUGUGGAUGAUCUGGAAGUUUGGCUGUCAGAACAAAGUGAUUAUCGGGGUGAGCUGUCAUCAUCUACCAGAACACAAAUGAUUUACAAGUACAUGGUUCUCAGACAAACGGCUCUAAAGACUCAUUAUUCGAGAUUAGUUCUCCCGAAAAGAUGUUAUUAUAGGGUACCGAUUCAACCAGGACUUUUCAAGGGUACAUACUCAUCACACGGUCUAGAACUAAUUCUGCUCAACUACGAAGAAGAUGUAAACAAAGUGAAAGCCGUUAAAAUAACUGGAGACCCUAAUAUUCCAGCUGGUCAAGUUACAUUCCGUGCUGAUCUACCAUUCUGUAUGCAUCUUACCGAAAGGCAGCAGGCGAGCUUUGAAAAUAUUGAAUCAAUUCAACCAGCUUCUUCUGAUGUUGAAUGGUACGAGUUACCAAACUCCCAAAUUUUUACAGUUCCAUAUGACUGCGUUGAGCGUUACCAGCCAGUGCCCAACUAUUGCAAAGCCAGGUUUCACGGCUUUGGACAAAUAGCACAGGAGGGAUUUCGAGAGCCCAGUUUCGUUGAAGGUCAUUGGAUUGUUUUCAAUGAAGAUUUAUUCGGUUUUCUUUGGACAAGUUUACAUGCCCUUAGUAUGUACCAUCGUGUCCAAGAAGAAUUUACUAAUUCAACCUAAUCGUAUUGCGUGGUGUAAUACAAAACCGACAAUGGAAACAUAGUUCAAUUCUUUCGCCUUUUCUUAAAUCCUCCUACAUAACAAAAUAUAAAGGAAAAGAUAAA